GAUUGAUAUGGUGAUUCUGAGAGAACAGACUUGAAUUUACAACAAAAAAACUCAGCAAAGAGUCAACAUGUCUAAACUACCAUUCAGCUUUGGGCAGGAAAAUAGUCAAGGUUGUCAUGGCAUAGACAUGCCACUGUGGCUCAGGUAGUAGAACAGGUUGUGGAAUAGUCUUAGAGUUUGGGGUUUUGAUUCCUGGUUCAUCAUGCCUACAGAUGGUUUGCACCUUGCAUGUUAGCUUGCUUCACUUAAUGACAAUAAGGGCUUUGAUUUGAUAAUAAGUUACACACCAACUUGUACGUUAUAGGUGCUGUUGAAAGCUGUGGAUCAAGACACUGUAAAUUCUUAAAAUAAGAAUGAGUUGUUCUACACUUUACUAGGUUAUAUGUUCUCUUUUUGUCUUUAAGUGUAGUGUUUGUAUUUCAGUGUGUAAUAAUAUGUUUGGAUCCCUUCUUGAAUCUUACUAGGUGCAAGAGUUGUAAUCUUAUUUUACUGGCUGAGAUGGCAGAAACACAGUUUUUACUGGCAGCCUGAUUGUUAUUCACAAUCUGUAGCUACAACAAGAAAAUGAGAUGAGCGGCAGAGUAAGAGAAAUUCAUUAAAUGUAUCUGAGACACUGAGAAACUAUGGCCCAUAUAGUUAUCAUAUUCAGAAACAAAUCAAAUGCUGACCAAGGGAUUCUUAAAUUGAUGCAAGGGGAUCAGCUAAUCUUUUGUCACCCCUCUUUUGGUACCAUUUUCACUACAAAAAUGCACACUGGCCAUACAAUUGUGUUACAGAGUGAUAGAAAUUGUUUCAAUUCAUCUUUGAUUGGAAUUAUGAGAUUCAGAUCUUGUAAUGUUUAGAAAUGAUCCAGGUCUUCUCAAGUCACAUUUUAAAAGGUGUGUUGAAGAAAAUUUCAACAGGUGGUAUUAUGGAACUGCUUUUUUUAAUUUCGUGUAAUUCCUCUUUGGUUCAAGACAGUGCUUCAAUGUGAUUACAAUUCAAAGUAUUUUUGAAAAUUAUUACAAUUACAUUAAACGUUUGAAGUCACAGAUGUUAACUUUUAUAAGAAACUGAACAUAGUGUUGCCAUAGAUUCAGUAGGAUACAUUCUUGGCUACAAUGUAAAGCCCUGUUUUUUAAGCUUCUUUUAACAUUAUUGAAAACAUUUUGAAAAAGUAUGCUCAGUUAGCUUACAUAUUGCUAUCUACCAUCGGGUGUGCACGCAGUCAUUACCUGCACCUAGCCCUUUCAUCUCCCUUAUAGUUUAAAAAACAGUGGACCGAGUUUUAAUGGGUGAAAGUUGCAUCACCUUUUUAGUUAAAUGUCUUGUAAAAGCCCUGUUUUUUGUUUUGUUUGCUUUUUCAAAAGAAAAAAAGCUGACAACAUUGGAUACAAUUUCUGGUUUAUAGGCCAGCAACAGACUUAUGUCAAUGUAUUUGCUCAUGCCACUUAACAUAAGACUCUUAUGUUUGCCAGAGCCCAUCAUGAAGUUAAAUUUAAGCUAGUUUGCUGCUAAAAGAUGGGGCUGUUUGCUCUGUUCAUGAGAAGUCAGAAGUGCAAGCUGCAACAUAUGACUCAAAUAUUGUCUUGUAUUGAUAGUCGGAUCCAACAGCUUGGGACUGUAAUGUCAAUGGAGACAAUGACUUAUAUAAUGUAGCUAAAGUUAUUUAGGGGACUAAUGGUGAUGGUUGUGGCCCUUCUGUGUGGUGUGCAUGUUCCCACUGUAUUCUCCCUGCGUGGGUUGUCUGCCUGUACUCCAGCUUCCUCCCACAGUCUAUACACAUGCAUGUUAGGUUAAAGUAGUGGGUAGUUAAUUCGGGUUAAAAUUGAAAGUAGAUUGUGCGCCCUGGUAGCUCAACAGGUUGAGCAGGUGACCCAUAAACAAGGGCUACAGUCCCUGUUGCAGUGGCCAUGGGUUUCAUUCAAAUUGCUGCAGAUCCUUCCCCUAUUCUUCUCCCCACUUCCCUUUCUCUCACUGCUGCCCUGUCAAUAAAGCUAAUAAAUAAUUUUAAAAAUUAAUUAAUUGAGAGUGGACAUGCGUGCAUGAGUGCGUGCGUGUGAAGUGGAAUGAUUCCUUGGCUGAAAUUCCCAAGGUGGUGGUGUCAGCAAACUCCAGGUUCCUCCAGAUGAGACAGGGCACAGUGAAGCAUGAAGAGGAUGGCAUCAUCCACUUCAAUGUGUUCUUUGUAUGCAAACUGCAGGGAAUUGAGUCUGUGUUUGACCUCAAGCCUCAGUAGGCGUAGAAUCAGUCGCUCCAGAGUUUUCAUGAUGUGUGACGUAAGGGCAAUAGGUCUGUAGUCAUUUAGCUCAGCUGGACAUUUGAUUUUUGGUACCGGUACAAUACAGGAUGUCUUCCAUUGAGCAGAUGUCAGACGUAGUGUGAAAUUGGCUGGUUCAUAGUUAUUUAACCAACAGUCAUUACUAAGCUGUAGCAGUGCAGUCAUUACUAAGCUGUGUCUGGUGACAACAUUGUCAGACAAAUUAACCAAAAUCCAGGUUAGCUUUGAGAUCAGCUAUAACAAUGACUGCCUCUGAUGAAAAUCACGUUUUGUACCUUGUCAGCAUGUUUAUGUUUUUAAAUAGUCAGUACCCUGAGUGCUUUCACUUUGAAACGGCAGUGUAACAAUGGCAGUCUCAGAAACAUGGACUAUGCAGUAAAGUAAGCUUUUCAGUGGACAAUAUCAAAAUAUUUGUCUUAAAUGGAUUUGUUAAGACAUGUGCUUAAUAAUCAAAGGAUUUUCUGUGGGGAUUGUGACUAGCUCAAUUAGCCUAAGAUGUUCCAGUUAUAUUUAUUCAGCUUAAAAUAUUCACUUGAUUAAUAAAAGCUUGCUACCUUACAUUAGAUAAGUUGGAGAACGACAUUAUUUUGCUGUAAGACGUCGGGGGGCGCUUCUGCUUUGUUGAGGGGGAUGAGACUCGUGAGUGACGUCAUUACGGGGGAGGAGAGCUACCGAAAAACCCAAGGUUGGAGGCGAAGCACGUUUCUCUUGUGCAACUUUCCCUCUGAAAAUGUCCACACUCCAAACGCUGAAAACGUUUAUCAACCAGCGGCUCACUGUGGCUGUAGAGGAGAUAUUCGGCCUCCUGGAAACAACAAUUUCCAACUAUGAAGAGGAGAUUAAUCGCCAGCGCAGGCUGAUAGAAGAUGAGAGGUCUGAGUUCCUGAUCAAAAAAGCAGAUAUGCAACAAGCAAUGAGAUUUCGAGUCAUCAUUGAUCAUGAUAUCAAGAAGAUUACUUUCCAAAAUGACAUCCCCUCAUCGGUGGAGGACUUCAUUAAAGUAUUUAAACAAGCUUUUUCCAUCACCACAGACAUAAGCCUUCAGUACAAAGAUGCUGACUUUGAUGACUUCUUCACACUAACCUCUACAAGUGACCUGAAGGAUAAAGACACACUGAAAGUAGUGCACAUGCCACCGGGCAUAAUAAUGACCACGGUCCCUCAUGAGCGCAACCCAGACAACUCUGAUGUGUCCUCUGUGGACGAUCUGCUCUCAGCAGAUUCACAAGACAAUCUGAUUCCCAGUCCCCCUGCCACUGAGAGGCAACACCUGUGGCCUGCCCUGUUCCCUAUUCCAAUCUUCUCCUACAAUACUGAGAUGGCUUUGAGGCAAGGCAAUGAGAAGUUUCUAAAAGAUGGAACUCUACUAACAAUACCAAGCAUCAAAUCAGACAUUUUGGAGCGCCUGGCCGAGACCAUGUUUUCCUAUACAGCAUAUCCCAAUGAUCCACAGAGGGCGGCAGUUGCACAGGCACUAAUAGAGAAGCAUCCAUGCUUGAGGGAGCCAGGCUCUUUUAAUGGAUGCUAUGGGUGGCAGCAAAGUUUAAAAUACAAAUGUGGAAACUACCGAAGCAAAUUAAAAGCACACGGAAACCCUGAACUGAUUAUAAAUACACUUAAGCACAAGCAGGAGGGCGACAGAAAACCUGCCAAGAACGUCAAAAAACCGAGGAAAUCUGAGGUGAACUACCUCCCCCCACAUCCAGUGGGUGAAACAGACAGUAGCCUGGAAAAUGUGAGACUUGAGCUUAUAGCAAUGAGCAAGAUACAGGACAAUGGCCAGAUGAUAAAUGACAUGAUGUCCAGAACAUACAGCUGUAGAAGGAGAGAAGUGGUUGGCCAAUCUGUGCAGAUUGCAGAGUUCAAAGAAAGAUGGCCUGCCCUAUUUGAUCCAUUACAGAUAAAUGAAGAAUUCCGAAGGUGCAACACCAUUCCUCUGGAGUCCACAUUCAUCUCCCAGCUGGACGGGUAUAUGCCAAAGUUCCUGGAAUUAUUCAGGUCCAAAGGGGGAGCUGUUGGACAACGCAUGAAGACUGUGCUGACUGACCUGAUUCAGGACCCCCAUGCCUCAGUUAUGAAGAAGAGGGAUGUGACUCUGAGAUGUCUCAUCGAGUACAUGGGGGAGAGUGUGCAGGAUCUCAUCUCGGACUACUAUAAAACAGCAGAGAAUAAAGUGCUUGAGGACCUUCAAACACAGGGUAUGAGGAUCUACGUCUGUCACCAGCCACAUGCAGUCGGCAUUAUAAUUGAUGGAAUUCCAGUGCUGAUGGGUCUGGAUAACAUGCCUGAAGCCUGCUGCCUGCUCCUUGGCCUGACCUACGCCCUGAAUCUGGAUUAUCCUCCCAAGCUUGCUAAAACCUUUGAAGUUUUUCAAAGAUUAUUUGUAGGACUUGAUACGCUGCAGCCAAAACCAACUUCAAAAUAUAUCAACCUGAAAAACAGACUCCUCACCUAAACAAUCACUUUGAGCUGCUGGUGCAGUUAUAUGUACCAAAUGGUCUAUUUUGUUCAUGUUAUAUUUAGGAAAUGUAGCACUGUGUCAACAUGCGUGCCUCGUGUGAGCAGCACAUCAGAGCAGCAGCAACAGUUCCAGUGGCAUUCAGGCAUACCUGAAUUUUAGCAACAGUCACAGCCUAAUACACAGUCACAGUAAUUACAUGCAUCACAAGCCAGAAGAUAGACUUAAAGCAAAAAAGAACACUCAGGGUCAAGUUACUGGACAUAUAACAAGUAAAAUGCAAACUAUCCCACCUAAGGUGUAGAUAGCUGGAUUGCUUAUAUUAGUAGUAAUUUGCUUCCAUCAUACAUGAUUGUACUGAAUGUUUUUAGUUUGUGUUCAUUCAUAAAUGAGAGUUUGAAAAUGGUUAAAACAUGGUGAUGUAUUUCCUUCCUUUUGUUGAAAUUCUAUCUCAGUACUAAGGAAGUGAGUAAAGUAAAUGACUUAAUUUUCCACUCACCUCCAUGUCACGUUAUGUGAGAUGGUCCUAGUAAAAUUUUGGUCAGACUGUGCAGUAUCAGCUUUAAGACUCGCCAGUAGUGCUGAGUAAGUCCCAAAACUAAAAUGGGAUAGAAAAGCCCUUGUAUGCCCAGUUUUGGAUGUUUCAAAAAAGUACUAAACAAGCUUAUUGUACCAGGAUUCUCUCAGGUCUGUAAAGCUCAGUGUGAUGUGUAGUUUCUAAGUAAGAUGUGAAACAAGUUCACAUGAAAGUUUAGAUUUACAUGUAGCUAAACUAAUGUUUGAUUAUCUUCUGAGUGAAAAAAAUAAUACUAAAAGAAAUGCUUGUUUUUUAAAGAGACUGUUUUUAUACAUUUUGUAAAUUGACAUUUUAGUUUAAGUGUUACAAGACACAAGGUUCAUUACUGAUGGUAUUGGCAUGUAACUGUCAGAAUGGAUUAAAACAGUUUUGAAGUA